AUGGAAGUUAUAGCUGUGAAACCUGUUGAUAAGAAGGAAAGCAAAAGGAAAAUUCUCGCUUUUCGUUUUCAGCUCAGUCAAGCCAUCGAUGAAAAGGCAUUAGAUCGUAUUGUGCUAUUGUCACAUCAAGCUCAGUCAAUACCAAAACUCAUCUGUUGUCUUCAUGAGCUCUUGAACAUCUAA